ACAGCAAUGCGAAUGCGAGAGCGGCCUUUGUUUGGGUAUGCGUGUGAGCAUUGUGAAAGGUCGUCGCCGGAUUAAGAAACGGCGACCGUGCGGGAAGGAGCCCACCGUUUUGGUUCAUCGCGGGCUUCUUCUGCAUCCUCCUAGUGCGAAUCACGCCGCCGACUAAAUCUCUCAGUUCGAAUUGUGCGGCCGCAAAAUAGACUGGUGUCGGGAUCGCAUCCACGUGCACUUUACGUACCACGAUCACAUCGGUGCUUUACCGACUUACUGAACAGGGAUACUUGUGAAGAAACUGGACGACAAAAGAAUUGAAUUUCGCUCACAAUGAAGCGGUAUCACAUGCUAAAAUUAGGUCUGGCGAUACUGUUUUAUGCAGCCUAUUGUGUUCGACCUAUGAAUGGACAGGAAACAGAUGAUGACGUAAAAGAAGAUGGAAACAACAAUCCAGAUCCGGGCGAAUUUUUAGUCUAUUAUCAAGGUGUUGAAGGCAAACCUGGUGUAGAUUUUCCAAUUUUGUCACACAUUCCCAGAACAAGUUUCAACUGUAGAGAUGUAGAGUCUGGAUAUUAUGCUGACUUGGAUACAGAUUGUCAGGUAUUCCACAUUUGCGAAGAAGGAAAGAAGAUCUCCUUCCUCUGUCCAAAUGGAACAAUUUUCCAACAAUCCGACUUGAUUUGCGAAUGGUGGUUCAAAGUAAACUGCACGAACUCUCCUAAUUUAUACGACGAAAGCGCUGAACAGUGGAGAAAUUCGGUGAUUCGAAGGAAAGCUUCAAGAAGGGUCGUGGUAAAUGGAGAAAUUAAUCACGGCGCCGUUUUGAGAACAGAAGAACAAUCAUCAGUUAGAGCUAUGAAAAACGGAAAACAUGUCGAGUUCAACGUUGAGAGACACGAGACGAAUCAUGCCGAGCAAAGGCAAAGAACUAGUAGUAACUAUAGACCUCCACCCAAGAACAAGGUAAAUAGAAGAAUUGAAAAUAAUUAUCAGAACGUUAAUGAGUUUAAUGGAAAUAAUAAUGGAAAUAAUAUCGAGAGGAAUUAUGAUGUCGGAAAUAACUUAGACACGUCCAGUGGAGGCAAAGUUAGAAUUUCUGCAGGUCGUUCAGGUCAAAGCAGCAAGAAAAUAAAUGGGGGCAACUCAGGAAAGAUUAAACUUACGUUAAACUCUGUCAAUAAUGCAGUAACGAUAAACGGCCAACAUGUUACACAACCACUUCAAAAAUCUUCUAAAAAAUUAGAAAAUAAAAACAUUAAGUUGACCUUGAGCAGCGUUAACAAUCAAGUAAGUUUUGGAACUAAUCAAUCACCAAAAAUCAAUCACAAUGCUACGCAACAGAACAUAGGGUCAUCGAAAAACAAUUAUAAUGAAAAUGUUAAUUUUGGGGCUGGGCAACAAAAUAAUCAAAAUGAUGAGUUAAAUAACAAAAAUAACAAACAAAAAAAUACUGCUUCUAGUAACUUUAACGAUGACGGUUCCGUUAAAGCAAGUCAAAAGCAAAGAACAAUUCCGACAAAUAGGGGAGGCUUCAAGUACAACCAAGAGAAAACAUCCGAAGUAACUUACAAUCCACCUACAACAAAUGUCCCAGUUUCUGUUCAAACCUUUACAGAAAAUACUGAUAAUACUCCAGAACUUAUCGCCAAAACGGAUGUUCCUAAAGUUCAUGUUACUUCAGAAGCUACGAACUAUUUUAUUUCUUCAACGACCAACCCACUUUCCAUAAAUACUUUAUCAGAUAAUUCAAAGAAUUAUGACUUGCAAUUUCCACAACACGCCAGCGAAAAACAAAAAGAAUCUAAACUAGAAGUAGAAGUAAAAGGGGAAGUCAAACAAAAAAGUACAGUUCCUUUGACUAUAAACGAUAUCACAAACAGAAGAGUGGAACCAAGUGAUUCAGAUGAAAGUCAAAUUACUCAGGAAUCUUCAUCGUUUAUAAAAAGUGCCCUCAACACCAUCCAAAAUUCCUAUAAGUCAUCCACAACAAACCCUUAUCCUAAUCAUAGAACCACUUACUCUGAUUUGAAAAGUCCAAGUUACACAAGUACCAAAUACUUGUCUACCAUCAAUUCAGUUACACCUCAAUAUCUCACAACACAAUCAAUCAAUAACGGCAGACCUUUCGUCGGAAGCAGAGUCGGUGUAACCAUCCCGGGAAUUAUUACAGUCAAUCCAACUGCAUCGUAUGUGUCUACGGAAUCCUCUGAUGGUGAUAAAUUUCCAUUGUUUAAUGUAGGUCAAACGCGUAAAGAAUUGCCCGUAACAACGACUACAACUGCAGUACCGUCUACAACUAUUUCUUUACCAAGCACUGGCCUGUUUAACCUUGGUAAUACAGAUUUUACUAUUAAACCAGUACCAUUUACUACUCCUGCACCUGACGAUAUUUAUGGUAAAGAAUCUUUAAGUUUGUUUGUACCAGAUAAAUUUAAUUUAGGUUUGAAUAGGACCCAGUUUUCUAAAUAUACGCAAAACCAAAGUCAAAUUGGAAAGGGAUUAUUCAAUUUAGGAUUGGGUAAAAUCAAUGUGUCACAAGAGGGUACCGUUCUUACACCUCAAAAGCCAGUCGAUCAUCAAGUUGUAUAUGGUACUUUUAAUAAAGUAAUACAUACUACCACUCCUCCUUCUUUUGAUAUUAACAAAGGGGUACAAAUUAAAUUCGAUAAAAACUCCAACAAAGUAGGUAUACAACUAAGCAAAACCAUUAGCGGUGCUUCUCAAUCUCUAAUUAACGCAGUUACAACGUCUUCAUCAUCAACCAAAACUACUUCUGGUGUUUCUCAAUCUUUGAUCAAUGCUGUUACACCAUCGUCUUCUAUUAAUCCUGAUAUUAACAAUAAUGGUGGCUCAAAUAUUCUUCGGGGAUCUUCACAAUCUGGAUUUUUCGUAACUCGUGAUUCAGCUUCUUCUACCACUUCAAGUCCGUUGUCUAUUAACAGCAUCAGUGGUAAUUCUAUAUCAACAACAGCAGUUCCCCUUUCAACUCAAGGAUUUAGUUUGAAUGCCGAAUCAAGUAAAUAUUACGGAAAAGACGUGGUUCAGAAGCCAAGACCAUUCGAAAAAUCCAGUGACGAUGUUUCCAGUACAUUCAGUAUUGGUAAAUCGUCCACUGAAAACAGCAUUUUCAAUUCUGUAACACCUACCUUCCCAACCUAUAAAAUUUCUACAGCAAGUCCUUUCGUUCCAAGUCAAGAUGUAAAAUCCACCUCAGCUCCAACUGUUCCAACUCCAUUCGAUGGUACUUUCACCACAAGGCAAAACUCUAUAUAUGACAAUGUGGACAACAUGAUUAACGUGUUGAAGGAAAUUGCAAAAGCUGGAGGUACCGAUUACGAGAACGAAACUCCAAGACCUGGACUGGUUGUACCACCUUCAGUUGGUCCACAAACACUUCACACAUUAGCUGUAUAUUUUGCAAAUGCUCUGGAUGGAAUAGCAGCUGAGAAAGAGAAAAAUGGAAAUAAUGAAAAUGAUGACGAGGAAGAAGAUAAAUACGAGGCUGCUAAACAAAGUUUAACUGCUUUGUUGACUAAAAUGACCGUUAAUAAAUAUAAUGAAUUGUUUGACGAAAAGGAUAACUCUACUGAAACUGUAACUGUAGCCAGUAGAAUUAAUGAUGAUGAUGAAGGAAAAUAUGGACUACAAACAGAUAAUUCAAAUCACUUUAAUGAUACUCCUCAUAUUAGACAAUUAGCCAAGAACUUUUCGAUUGCCUUGUCAUCAUACUUAGAUGAUCCACAAACAUUUAGAAAGAAUUUGGAACAACUUAGACCAACUGAACCUCCACAAUCUGGUGAAGUUGAGGUUUCCACAGAAAACUCUGGAAAUGAUGAAGAACUACUGAACUUUUCAGAUGCUGAUUCCAAAUCUAGUUAUCCUCCGUUCUAUCCAACUUUACCUUCAGCAAAACCAACUUGGGGAUACAUUCUAGCUUACAAUGUUUCAAAGGAAAGCAACCACAAUCUUGACGUUAAAAAUUCAUUAAACCCAGAUUUACAAGGUGCAGACAGUCAAUCAUUUGUCCCCAGAUUUAAUAACAUCAAUUCAGAUGUUAAAGAUUCUAAAAAUACUUUAUUGAUUAAAUCACAAACAUCGCAAACCGAUUUGCCACCAAAUCACUGGACUUCAUCUCCUCAAGCAACGAAAUUAUGGAAGACAACUUUCAGUGUCAAUCCUGUGUCUCUAAACCAACAUUUAGGAACAACACCAGUAAGUUUGACAACUGAAGACUACAAAAAUUCAGGAGAAGAUUUUACUGAAAGUUUGACAAGCGAAGCGGACGUUUCAUCUUUGGAACAGCCCCAUCACGAAAUUAAAUAUGAACUAAGACAACUUCCUCAACUCACUCUCAAUUCAACUCAAGUUCAUGGUAUUUUGAUAGACUUUAUGAACACUACGAAAUCAGAUGAUGAUAAUAGAUUGCAGAGAAUAUUACACAAACUCAACACAACCGAGACUGAAUUUUUGUCAAAGAUGAAAGAAAUUGAGAGUAAUCCGUUAACGAAACGUUUGAUUUUGCUGUUGAUCAGUGAAUGUGGUGCAAGUAUCACUAAAGAUCUGGAAAGUGGAGCAUUGUCAGUGAGUACAGAAAAUGAUAGUGCCAGUAAACAAUACCCAGAACCUUUGAGUGUCAAAAGUCCUAUUUCAAUAAGAAAUACUCAAGAAGGUACAGUAACAAGUAACAGUAAUAUACCUCAACUAAUUGAUCCAUCAAUAAGUGAAGAAGAUCACGAUGCCAGAGCACUUCAGUUGUUGAAUUCGCUGUACACGAUAGCAUCUAGAUUCGGUAAAUAAAUUGAUAAAUUGUAAAUAUGCACAGUUACGCUCAUAUGUAUUUUGAUUGAAUUUUAGUAAAAUAUGUUUAGUGAAAGAGUGAAUGAUUUUGGCGCAAUUUUGACUGGGUGAUAUUAGUUAGUGAUUAUUUAAUUAUGCUUAUUGUUAAUUGUACAUUUCCUAUUACAAUACGAUACAUUUGCAUUACAAGACAAACGUUAUUUAAGUUAGAAGUAGAUUUAUAUUCAAGAUUGUACUAUUUUGUAAUAACAAUGUAUAUACAUUUGUAAAUAAAUUUUUAUAAUAA